UGAACGAAUUGUCGUUUGAAGUAAACAGUAUGGAUAUUUGCCAAUUGAGUAUUUUAUAAAAUAAUGGUUGAAUUCAUAUAAUCAAAGAGUGUAUUAUUAGUGUUUAAUUAAACGCUUGAAAAUGUGGCCUAUGCUCCUUAACUUGACCCCCGACGAAUGUCGCCGUACGCUCCGCAGACUCGAACUGGAAGCCUACUCGAAUAUGAUAAGUGUGUUUAGAGCACAAGGAGCAUUGGAAGACAGCAGAAAAAAGUUACUCGAGGAACUGCGCGCCGUUUUGCAUAUAAGCCAUGAUCGCCACAGCGCUGAGGCACGCCGCGUGUCCAAUGACGAAUUAUUAGCUACAAUAGCAGAACAGUUAGCUGGCCCCAAUACCGGUUUAGAAUGGAUCAGCGAAGGCCGCAGGCGGAUCCCGCUAAUGCCCCGCGGAGUCCCGCAGUCUAUGUACACGGAACUCGCGGACAAAGUCGCCGAGGCUACGGCCGCGGAGAACAAGGAGCUCCAGAAGAAGUUGGAGGCUGAGAAAUUAAUAGCGCCCAAAACCAGUGAGGAGGAAAUGGCGGACGCUGAAGGACAGACGGCGGAGGCUAUACAGUCAAAUGAUGCGAUGGAAGAGACUCCAUACCCGCCGGUUGCUAUGGAAGACCAGACUAUCAAAAUGUGGGAGUCCGAGUUGCCAAGUAGGAAGAGAAAAAUCCCAGAGGGCGGUGCAAUACCAGAGGAUGGUGUCACGCCUGUCAAGAAUAUGAGAAACAUACCGGUAAACUCCAAUCAGAAACACCUCAACCUCUCACAGAUAUACUCCAAGUUCUCGCAGCCCGCUACAAGUAAACCAUCAGGACAGUCUAAGCACUCAUAUAAUCAAGUCAGUAAAGUUUCAACUAGUAAAUCAAAUCAAACCCACACGCCGAGGUCUACACCACACAAGCCGAGAGCACAAAAGGCCAAAGCCGCACAGGCCAAAGCUCAAAAGAGAGAGAAGGAGAGAGAGCUCUUAUCAUCUCCCAGCAAGCAGUACAACCCUACCACCAUGCAAAUUGAGUACUCCGGCCCUCCAAACACCUUUCAAGCUAGCUAUGCGCAGUCUAUACUCGGCACUAAACAUAAGCAGGACUAUAUGGAUGAAAUCAAGCCUAAGGUUCUUUCGUCACCAGGCAUGAUGUCAGAUUCUCCCACUAUGCAGUUGUUAACCCAGCCAGCCACAGUGCCGCACGAGCUCGGAGUGCCGGAGAGUCCGCACCCGGACGACGCCAGCGGUCUGCAAGCUCAAACCCCCGCCUCUAAAACAGUCAGCGGGAAACCUUGCCAUCUGAUCAUCAAGAAACGUGGAGAAGACAAAAAGGGACAAGUUUCCGAUGUGAAGAUAUUACAAAAGCCUACUGAAAGCGGCGGUGGCAUCAAGUUGCUGUCGAAUCGGCAACUGGUCGUCGCGUCUAGUUCCGCACCGAAACCGCUCGCAGCCGGCGGCAAAAUAAUCGCCACUAAAGUGAUCGGGUCGAUGCCAAAAUCUCAGCCGCAGAGCACGCAGGUCGGGUCAGAAAAAAUGAUAGUAGUAUCAAAACCAUCUUCGGCCGAGAGCAAGAGUACACCGAACUCAAAAUACAUUAUCACAUCUGUCAACACGCCUGCCAAAGGCGUGGCCGUUAGUACAAAUAGCAUGUCGCCUAAAACUCCCGAAACGCUCACGCCAAAAGGAAUACCGGCGACGGACUUGAAAGUUUCUGCGAAAGCAGUCGUCCUGAAUCCUAGAUCUGGACAAAAAAUGGUUGUGUUACCUGCUAAAGCUCGGACGAAAGCGGUAGGAGAAGGUCAGUUACCUUUGUUGCAUUUCAAAGGUCUCUCUACAGCUAUGAAACUCGUGCCUGUCAGUUCACAGUCGAUCUCACAAGGUUCGAAAUCGACAGUGACAGCAAUGUCAAAACCCACAGUCGUCAGUUCGAUGCCAAGAUCGAGUACUAAAAUUCUUGGGGUAGAACCAAUAAAAACUGCGAACUUAGCCGAUAUAGUACCCGCCAAAGGCAUGACGCCGGUCACCACACCUAAACUAACUAAUCCUAUCGUCCGGCCGACGAGCAGUAAGGGCGUUAUAGUCGUUCAAAAAGGGGCGACAAUCGGUAAAGCUUUGACAUUUACCAAGAACGGUAACGAUAUGUCAAAGAUAAUCAUGGGAAAGAACGUAAAUCAGUUGUUGCAAGCGUCAAAAACAGAGGCUGAAGCAGUGAAGUCCGCCGGCAAUGUGAUUGUUCUAGAGUUGAAUAACGAGCAAACUGCGCGAGCGACCACCAUGUCUGAAAUCCUCGACAGUCGUGGCGUGCGCGCACCUGAGGAAGCCAAAAAAUUACCACAGAUUACACAAGACACACCAGUAUUAUUCGAAAGCCAAAUCAAUGAUCCCAGUAGUUUAGACUCCACUACAGAAAGUAUAGGUGGUAUGGUGGUGCCUUUGGAUGACACGACACUGCCUUUGAUAGAGAAAGACGAUGAGGCGAAGUCAAGUUUUGCCAAAGACUCUGAGGGAAUAAAGGAUUCGUCGAGUGUUACCGACUGGGAGAUUGAGUUGGAUACCGUCUCGAGGAAGGACAAAGACGACGACGACAAGCUGAACUCCUUGCACCUAGACCUCGGGAUGUCUAGCGAUAGUGAGAACGAUUUUAUGGUGGGCAAACAAGACAGCAAGCACUCUUCACAAGACAGCAUGCAACGGGCGACUCCUAGUGGUGAGAGCGGAGAAAUAUUCAGUAGUUCGAGUGGCCUAUCACUAGCCACACGAACAUUGUUGAGUCAACUGCAAGACGAUGGAUCGUCCAGCAAUGAUUCUUCCUUCGCACUUAAAUCCAAAACCAUGGAUAAACAUAAAGAUUCAGAUACCAAAAUCGAUAAGUCCGAGUCGGAUGCGCUCACAAAGGCCAAGGAAAAGUUAUCAGAAAAGGUGGCAGAGGCUAAAUCGCAACAAAAACGGAUAGAUAUCUAUAGUACAGCGAUCAGCACGUCUGAUAUCAAUUUAGAGUCUUUCUCGUAUUUAGAGGAAGGCAUGAUGGUCGGUGAUGACGUAUUUGCCACCGAAGAGGCCAAGCGUGACCCGCGCCGAACAGAUAACUUGGAUGACCAGUUAAGUAGACUUCUAGGAGAAGACUCCGCAAACUCCACAGACUCACAGACUGUAAGUGAAAGUAUGCCUUUAAAUAAAUGAGCAAUAAACUAGUUUUAAUACAAUUGGAAAACGUUUCUUUUAUAUAAUGGCACUAGGUUAAAAGUGGGACAUAUGAAGUGUGAAGACUUAGUGAUGUUUCGUUUGGGUCUGUGUGACUGCAAUAAAAUAUUGGAUGUUUGUUUGUACCGUGUUAAUUUUUGUACGUUGGGGAACCAAUAUAAUAGGACAUUGUUAUGUUUGAUAAAUUUGAAGUCAGUGUUGAAAUCCACUGAGUUUCAUAUUGGUGCAUUUCAUAAUAGUAAAUACAAGUAGCAUAUUAGUUAAAUAUAAAUGUAUCCACUCUCAGGUCAGAAAUGUAACAGUGAAAUAGGCAAGUUUAAAAACAGUCGAUGUUAAAAGAUCAAGGGCGAAUUUCUUAUGAUUGUGUUGUGAAUCACAGAAUAAUAAAGACAAUAUACAAAGUAUUUCAAAGUGGAACUACAGGCGUUUAGGUAAAACGUCGCAGGUAAGAGUGCUGAGAGAUAAUUUAAAAAUCCAUUGAUAAUUACUACCUUUAUUAGGAAUAGUUUUACAAUCUUUAUGAGGGCGUUUAGCUUUAGACAUGAGAUCCAGCAAGUAACCAUGAUGGGAUGGGAGCGAGCUAUUGAACUGGUUGAGCGCUGAAGUAAUCCAAAGGAGAAGGCCUUUUAUAAGACUCACUGGCCGUGAAGAGGGCGCAGGGGAGACCGCAGCGACGCGGAAUCACAAGGCUCGGAUGUUGAUUCAGUCAGAACCUUCAAAAAUUCGGCCGAACUGUAUUUUGUUUUAAUUCUUCAAUUGGCUGUGAUAAGAAACUAGUUUGUUUCAAACAGUAACCGACAAUUUUUUUCCAAAUUGUUCACAGCAUGUAAAUAGGUACUCUAAAAAUUGGACUUUUUCUGCUCCUUGCUCAUUUAUGUCGUAAUAGCCAAAUCACUGUUCCUCGUCCAUAUAAUUUUAACACUCAUCUGUUACUCAUUUUCACGAUUACACCAUCAUAAAUUCCGGAUCAAACUUUGCGUUAUCAAAUUUAUUAUUAUUAAUGGCUUUUAUCCUAACUUGGCUCAUCCUCAUUACGUUAGGCCUGGUUGCUCUUUCAUCUCCCUGAAAAUGAGCUUGGGGUCCACCUAUCCAACACGAUUAUAGUUACACAUCCAGUUGCCUCAAUGUGCAGUUUUCCUGAGGAUGUGCGCCCUUAUCGUAAAUACGUCGGUUAAUAUUCAAUCUAAUGCAUGUAAGUCAGAAAAGACUUUGUCAGUUGGCACAUGUCUUAGUACCGAAAUGGUUAGGUCGAUUGUCUUUAACCGAAUCAUAAGAAAUAGGCGUUAUAUUAUUAAAAAAGAAAACAAAAAAUAAUUAGUGUCACGUGCAAGAAAAAUAAAAAUCAUCUAAAUGGAGAAGUGGAUCAUUCAAGUGGAAAGAACUCCUGCGAGUGUGAUCAUUCCAUUUUGACUAAAAUAUUAAUAUUCGCUGACUUUUAUGUCGGAAAUUUGUUUUCAAAUUCGUAUGAUUAAUAAGGAAUUCUUCAUUUCAUAUUUUUAUCAAGAGAAUAAGUACAAAUAUAUUCAUUUAAAACCACAAUAAAUUCGGAUUGCAGUAACUUAAUGUUUAAUUUAAGGUUGUUUUUUGAGAAAAAAUAAUGUAAUUUAUUUAUGGUUUGAAAUAUGAUCUUUGAAUAUGUUGAAUAAGUAGACAGUUUAUGCCACGAAUCGCCUUAUGUAUAAGACUCUUCAUUGCAAAAGAUUCAGUGGGAAUAUUCACAAAACAUUGACAACACAUAUGACUUAUUUUUUAUCUAUCUUAAAGAUAAAAAUACUUCUUAAUCAUUAAGAAGAUAGAUAAAUAAUAAGUCAUAUUAGCCCAAUGCAAUGCAGUAGCUGCGACGCACAAAUAAGUUUAGGUACUUAUAUUCUUUAACAUGUAAAUGUACUUUGUGUAAAUAUGUUCUUCCCACUUCAAAAAUCAUGAAGCAUGAUAUGUAUAAAGUUAAAGGCAACUGCUCUCUUUAUUAGAAAUCCAGUCGGAUGUUAUCGAAUUAACAGUCGACGGAGUCAAUGAAAAAGGGAUCUUUUAGCCCAUUGACGUAUAGGUUUCUGUCAGUU